AUGGAGCCUGAGGAUCUACCGUGGCCGGGCGAGCUGGAGGAGGAGGAGGAGGAGGCGGCGGAGGCGGUGGCGGCGGCGUCGGCGUCUGCGAAGCUGGACGAAAUCGUGGUGGAGGAGGUGGAGGAGGCAGAGGAGAGGGCGGGAAGGCAGUUGGACUCAGACAUUAACUAUGGGUACCAGCUUCUGGAGAGUUCGGACGAGGACGAGGACGAGGAGGCCAAAGCCUGGCUGCAGGCGCAUCCCGGCGGGACUUUGCCUACGCCGGCGCCCCUCACGAGGCACCGCAGCUCGGAGGGCGAGCGGUCCUGCCGGGAGGUGAGCCGGGCCGGAGAGAGAACAGACUCUUGGCAUUUUCUUCCUCAAGAAAUGGAUUCUUCUCAAACCUUGGCUACAUCUCAGACCAAGUUUAGCCUGACAACGGAAGGGACUGAAGUGACAGACUUCCCCUCUGUGGAGGAGGGUGUAUUGACCCAAUCAGAUAACCAAGUAAGGGAUCCCAACAGAGAUCUCUUAUGUUCUCCAUUGUUAGUCAUACAAGAUAGCUUUGCUUCUCCUGAUUUGCCUUUGCUGACAUGUUCGACACAAGACCAAGACUUUGGGCCUGACUCCUUAUUUCACCAAAGUGAAUUAGGCUUUGCACCUCUGAGGGGAAUUCCUGAUAGAUCUGAAGACUCUGAAUGGCUUUCUCGACCAUCGGAAGUUAGUGAAGCUUUAUUCCAGGCUGCCUCAGACGUAGCUUCAGACUUAUCUAAUAGUUGCUUUAGUGUAUCUCAGCACACACUUAUAGGUAGCACAGCUGCUGGGUCUCAGCGCUCUUUUUUGCCUCCUGAACAAGGGAGUAAUGAAGAGGCUGUUUCAUCAUGUAGUGUUGAUGAACUGAAAACCCCCAAAGACUCUGAUAGUUAUUGUGUUCCUUAUUCAUGCAUGUCAUGGAAGACACGAAAAGAUACACAGCAGCCAGAAAUCAGUUUAUCUGAAAAAGAUGAUGUUUCGGUUUCAAUUUCAUCUGAUAUACCUGAUGAAAACAUAGAUAGCAAAAGAAGUGAUGAUUUUGAUGCUUCUUGUUCAUAUGCACAGUACUGGAAACAGGAGGCAGAAACCUAUUUAGCCAGCAAGGAACAUGAUUCUUUUUCGGAUUUAUGUGACACAACUGAUAAAAAUAAAAUUCCCAAGGAAAGUAAUGAUUUUUGUGUCCCCCUUUCCUGUGUGCCAUGGACCAAAGAGGGAACUCCACAACAUCCAGAAACAUGUGCAAUCAGUAAGGACUGUGUUUGUUUUCCACAAGAAGUUACUCCUCAUCAAAAUAAUACAAAGUCAAAAUCAUACUCUUUCUUGCGAUGUUUGUUAGAAAGAAGAGGAAAAGGGGUUCCCUUGACACAUGACAGUCAUUAUUCUCAGACAGUCUGUUCAAAGGUUCUUGUUGAGAAUGAGGUUAAACAAAAGAUGGAUUGUUUGGAGGGUUAUGGAAGAAAUGAAGAAGGUCUGCGGGAGGAAUUAUCUCAAUGUUUUGAACAAACAGAGACUAAAGAUAAUAUAUCUUCAGAGGUUCCUCCCAUAACACAAAUACAGUAUGUUGGGAAGGUUGUAGUUCCUGAUAAUUCUACAAAAGUUUCAGAAGCACAUAUACUCUCCAGGGGACAGGAUACCUUUAAGAUGGAGCCUUCUGCUGGUCCUCUUCAGAUUAUUAAAUCCUAUUUGGAUGGAACAUCAGAACAACUGUAUUUUCAAGAGGAAGGAAAACAAAAGGAAACUUCUGUUUUUGAGAAGGUAGGAUCUUCAAACAUUAUUUACCAUAUGAAAGUAUCAACUUCAGAUUCUUUGGUUUUACAAGAUUUAAAGCAGCCAACCUUUGAAGAAGUUGCAGAUUCCUCAAACUAUGAUUUGGGGGGCCUGCAGGAGAAGGCUGAGUCUGAUAUCAUUGCUCUGGAUACUGCUGGAGAAUCCCUUUAUGAAAAUGAUGUUGUGCUCAGAGAAAGAGCUGCUGAACUACAAAGAAGGGCAACUCAUUCUAAUCUCGGUGAUCAGCCUUUUUCAUCUUUAAUGCCUUCAUGUCUUCCUCAUGAGUCAACCGAAGAGUCAGGAUAUCAGUCUCCAACUCUCAGAAUGUUGAGGGUAUCUCCUGACACUCUGCUGAAGACUCUACAACAUUUAACUGGAGAUUCUUCUAAAGGAGGCAUAGCUGAUACUACUCAAUCCAAUUUGAAAUCAGGCAUCACUACCACUACUGGAGAUUCAGACUCUGGAUCACAUUUAUCCUUGUCCCCUGAGGACCUGUCUCAGUUGGCAGUAAGUUCUGAAGAGAAUGCUAUUGGUCAACACACUGAUACUUGCAACCAAAAGACAUUAGCAGAUUGUCGUCUAACAGAAGAGACUCUGAAAAUCUCAGGUACUCCUGAACCAACUUACUCCAAGACUAGGACACCACCAGUUCCCUCUAGUUCCUACUUACAUAGUGGGAAGCCCAGUAUUUUCUACCAGCCGAGCUUGUCACAUAAUCAUCAAACUGAAGAGGCUGUGAAAGUUACAGGUGUUCCUGGACCAGCUGGGACACCAUCUAUAACCUCUACUUCUUACUCACUUAGAGCAAAGCCUGGUACUUUCCAGCAACAGGUUUUGACAGGUAGUCAGAUACCUGAGGACGUUCAGAAAGUUUCACCUGUGUUCGGAUCAGCUGACCAGAAGACUGAUAUACCAACUAUAACCUCUACUGCCUACUCAAGAGAGAAGCCCAGUAUUUUCUACCAACAAGACUUACCAUAUAGUAAUUUAAUUGAAGAUCCCCUGAGGGUUUCAGCUUCUCCUGAAUUCACUGACCAGAAGACUGGGAUAACUACAGUGUUUUCUAGUUCCUAUUCACAUGGAGAGAAGCCUUUUAGUUUUUAUCAACAGGCCUUGCCAGAAAGUCAUCUAACUGAUCAGGCUCUGAAAGUUUCAGCUAUUUCUGGACCAGCUAACCAGAAGACUGGGAUAGCACCAGUACCUUCUACUUUCUACUCACAAAAAGAGAGGCCCAGUACUUUUUACCAACCAGAGUUGCCAGACAUUCAUGAAACUGAAGAGGUUCUGAAAGUUUCAGAUUUUUCUGAACCAUAUGACUAUGAGACUGUAAUACCAGAAGUAUACUCUAGUUCUUAUACACAGAGGGAAAAGCCUGGUCUCUUGUACCAGCCGGUGUUAGCAGGCAGUCUUCUCUCUGAAGAAGGUCUGAAAACUUCAGGUAUCCCUAGACCAGCUGAGCAGAAAACUGGCACACCAGUAGUACCCUCUAGUUCCUACUCACAGAGAGAAAAGCCCAUUGUUUUCUAUCAACAAGCCUUGCCAGACAGUCAUCUAACUGAAGAGGCUCGGAAAGGUUCAGCUGUUGCUAGACUAGCUGACCAGAAGACUGGGAUAUCAACUGUAACCUCUGCUCCCUACUUACAGGCAGAGAAUCUCAAUGUUUUCUACCCACAGAGCUUACCAGAUAGUCGUCUAACUGAAGAGGCUAGGAAAGGUUCAGCUGUUGCUAGACUAGCUGACCAGAAGACUGGGAUAUCAACUGUUACCUUUGCUCCCUACUCACAGGCAGAGAAUCUCAGUGUUUUCUACCCACAGAGCUUACCAGACAGUCGUCUAACUGAAGAGGCUCGGAAAGUUUCAGCUGUUGCUAGACUAGCUGACCAGAAGUCUGGGAUAUCAACCUCUGCUCCCUACUCACAGGCAGAGAAGCCCAUUGCUUUCUACCAACAGAACUUGCCAGACAGUCAUCUAACUGCAGAGGCUCUGAAAGGUUUAGCUGUUCCAAGACUAGCUGACCAGAAGACUGGGAUAUCAACUGUAACUUCUCUUCCCUACUCACAGGCAGAGAAUCUUAAUGUUUUCUAUCCGCAGAGCUUACCAGAUAGUCGUCUAACUGAAGAGGCUCGGAAAGGUUCAGCUGUUGCUAGACUAGCUGACCAGAAGACUGGGAUAUCAAUUGUAACCUCUGCUCCCUACUCACAGGCAGAGAAGCCCAUUGUUUUCUACCAGCAGAACUUACCAGACAGUCAUCUAACUGAAGAGGCUCGGAAAGGUUCCGCUGUUGCUAGACUAGCCGACCAGAAGACUGGGAUAUCAACUGUAACCUCUGCUCCCUGCUCACAGGGAGAGAAGCUCAAUGUUUUCUAUCAGCAGAGCUUACCAGAUAGUUGUCUAACUGAAGAGGCUCCGAAAGGUUCAGCUGUUGCUAGACUAGCUGACCAGAAGUCUGGGAUAUCAACUGUAACCUCUGCUCCCUACUCACAGGCAGAGAAACCCAUUAUUUUCUAUCAACAGAGCUUACCAGAUAGUCAUCUAACUGAAGAGGCUCGGAAAGGUUCAGCUGUUGCUAGACUAGCUGACCAGAAGACUGGGAUAUCAACUGUGACCUUUGCUCCCUACUCACAGGCAGAGAAACCCAUUAUUUUCUACCAACAGAACUUACCAGAUAGUCGUCUAACUGAAGAGGCUCGGAAAGGUUCAGCUGUUGCUAGACUAGCUGACCAGAAGACUGGGAUAUCAACUGUAACUUCUAUUCCCUACUCACAGGCAGAGAACCCCAUUGUUUUCUACCAACAGAGGUUACCAGAUAGUCAUCUAACUGAAGAGGCUCGGAAAGGUUCAGCUGUUGCUAGACUGGCUGACCAGAAGACUGGGAUAUCAACUGUAACUUCUAUUCCCUACUCACAGGCAGAGAACCCCAUUGUUUUCUACCAACAGAGCUUACCAGAUAGUCAUCUAACUGAAGAGGCUCGGAAAGGUUCAGCUGUUGCUAGACUAGCUGACCAGAAGACUGGGAUAUCAACUGUGACCUCUGCUCCCUACUCACAGGCAGAGGAGCCCAUUGUUUUCUACCAACAGAGCUUACCAGAUAGUCAUCUAACUGAAGAGGCUCGGAAAGGUUCAGCUGUUGCUAGACUAGCUGACCAGAAGACUGGGAUAUCAACUGUGACCUCUGCUCCCUACUCACAGGCAGAGGAGCCCAUUGUUUUCUACCAACAGGGCAUACCAGAUAGACGGCUAACUGAAGAGGCUCUGAACGGUUCAUCUGUUGCUAGACUAGCUGACCAGAAGACUGGGUUAUCAACUGCUCCCUACUCACAGGCAGAGAAGCCCAUUAUUUUCUACCAACAGAGCUUACCAGGUAGUCAUCUAACUGAAGAGGCUCGGAAAGGUUCAGCUGUUGCUAAACUAGCUGACCAGACGACUGGGAUAUCAACUGUACCCUCUACUUCCUACUCACAGGGAGAGAAGAAGCUCAGUGUUUUCUAUCAACAGAACUUACCAGACAAUCAUCUAACUGAAGAGGGUCCAAAAGAUUCAGCUGUUGCUAGACUAGCCGAGCAGAAGACUGGGAUAUCAACUGUAACCUCUGCUCCCUACUCACAGGGAGAGAAGAAGCUCAGUGUUUUCUACCAACAGAACUUACCAGACAGUCGUCUAAGUGAAGAAGCUCGGAAAGGUUCCGCUGUUGCUAGACUAGCUGACCAGAAGACUGGGAUAUCAACUGUAACCUCUGCUCCCUACUCACAGGGAGAGAAGAAGCUCAGUGUUUUCUACCAACAGAACUUACCAGACAGUCGUCUAACUGAAGAGGCUCGGAAAGGUUCCGCUGUUGCUAGACUAGCUGACCAGAAGACUGGGAUAUCAACCGUAACCUCUGCUCCCUACUCACAGGGAGAGAAGAAGCUCAGUGUUUUCUCCCAGCACAGCUUACCAGAUAGUCGUCUAACUGAAGAGGGUCUGAAAGGUUCUCUUUUUCCUGGACCAGAACAGAAGACUGAGUUAACCUCAGAACUGUCUAGUUUCUACUCACCUAGAGAGAAGUCCAUUAUUGUCUCCCAGCAGACCCUGCCAGAUAGUCAUUUACCUGAAGAAGCUCUUAAAGUUUCAGUUGUUUCUGGGCCAGCUGACCAGAAGGCUGGGAAACGAACAGUGUCCUUUAGUUCCAACUUACCCAGAGAGAAAUCUGAUAUUUUCAGCCCACAGGAGUUGCCAGACAGUCAUCCACCUAAAGAAGCUCUGAAAGUUUCUGUUGUUCCUGGACUAGCUGACCCAAAGACUGGGACGCCAACAGUAACUUCAGGUUCCUACUCAUAUAGAGAGAAGCCUAAUAUUUUCUAUCAGCAGGAGUUGCCAGAUAGUCAUUCAACUAAAAAGGCUCUGAAAGUUUCAGCUGUCCCUGACCAGAACACUGGAAUACAAACCAUAAAUACAGUUACUUCUUACUCACAGAGAGAGACGCCCAGUAUCUUCUACCAGCAGGCCUUGCCGGACAGUCAUUUAACUGAAGAGGCUCUGAAAAUUUCAGGUGCUCCUGGACCAGCCGGCCAGACAACUGGCACACCAACUGGAACCUCUACUUCCUUCUUGCAAUAUAGAGAGAACCCGGGUGUUUUCUAUCAGCAGGAUUUAUUAGGUAGUCAUCUACUUGAAGAGGCUCACAAAGUUUCACCUUCUCUUGGUUCAGCUGACCAGAAAACUGACACACCAACUACAACCUCUAGUUACUCACAAAGAGAGAAGCCCAUUAUUUUGUAUCAACAGACCUUGCCAGAUAGUCAUCUAACUCAAGAAGCUCAGAAAGUUGCACUUGUUUCUGGACCUGUAGACCAGAAGAGUGGCAUAUUAACUGCACCCUCUACUUCUUACUCACAAAGAGAAAAGCCAGUUAUUUUGUAUCAACAGACCUUGCCAGAUAGUCAUCUAACUCAAGAAGCUCAGAAAGUUGCACUUGUUUCUGGACCUGUAGACCAGAAGAGUGGCAUAUUAACUGCACCCUCUACUUCUUACUCACAAAGAGAAAAGCCAGUUAUUUUGUAUCAACAGACCUUGCCAGAUAGUCAUCUAACUCAAGAAGCUCAGAAAGUUGCACUUGUUUCUGGACCUGUAGACCAGAAGAGUGGCAUAUUAAAUACACCCUCUACUUAUUACUCACCCAUUAUUUUGUAUCAACAGACCUUGCCAGAUAGUCAUCCAACUCAGGAAGCUCAGAAAGUUGCACUUGUUUCUGGACCUGCAGAUCAGAAGAGUGGCAUAUUAACUGUCCCUUCUUCUUACUUACAUAGAGAGAAGCCUGGUAUUUUCCACCAAGAGCCCUUGACAGGUAGUUGCCUAACUGAGGAAGCUCAGAAAGUUUCAGCUGCUCCUGAGCCAGCUGACCAGAAGACUGGUACACCUACAGUAUCCUCUUCUUCCCAUUCACAUGGUGAGAAGCCCAUUAUUUCUUACCAGGAGGAGUUGCCAAAUUAUACAGAGGAAGCUUUGAAAAUUUUAGUAGUUCCUGGGACAGCUGACCAGAAGACUGGCAUACAAAUAGUGCCCUCUACUUCCUGUUCACAGAGAGAGCAGCCCAUCAUACCUUAUGAAAGUGAGUUGUCAGAUCUUACUGAAGGACCUUUGAAAGCAGUUGGAGCUUCUGGACCUGCUGACCAGAAGACUAGAGUACGAAUAACAUCCUCUAGUUCCCACUCAAAUGGAGAAAAGCCCAGUAUUUUUCAUCAGCAGGAGUUGCCAGAUAAUACUGAAGAAGCUAUAGAUGUUUUUGUUCUUCCUGGAUCAGGUAGCCAGAAGACUGGGGCACCAACAGUACCCUUUAGUUCCUACUCACACAGAGCGAAGCCCAGUGUUUAUUCUCAACAAGAAUUUCCAGAUAGUCUUCCUACUGAUAAGGCUCUGAAAGUUUCACCUGUUUUUGUACCAGGAGAGCAGAAGACUGCGAUAUCAACAGGAAUUUCUAAUUCCUAUUCACAUAAAGAGACAAUCAAGAUUACAUCUGUGGAUGUACUGGAUGACCAUAAAACUGAGUUGUCAACAGGUACCACUAGUUCCUACUCAGAUGGAGAGAAACUCAGUAUUUCAACUUUGAUUGGAUCAGAUGACCAGAAGACUCCAUCACUGGCAGUUUUUUCUAGUUCCUAUUCUCCAAGAGUAAAGCCUGGUAUUUUAUUACAACAGCAGUUGCCUGAUAGAGAUCAAAGUGAGGAUAUUCUAAAGAUUUCAGCUGUCCCAGCACCAACUGAUAUAAAUACUGAGAAAGCAGUAACUCUCUCUAGUUCUUAUUUUCACAGAGAGAAAUCUAAUAUUUUCUAUCCACAGGAAUUUCCAGGCAGACAUUUAACAGAAAAUGCACUGAAGGUUUCAACAGUUCCUGGACCAGUGGACCAGAGAACAGUAUUAUCAGUAGCUCCUCCUAGUUCCUUUUCACACAGUGAGAAAUCAGAUAUUUUUUAUCAGAAGGAUUUGCCAGAUAGACAUGUAACUAAAGAUGCUGUGAAGUUCUCAAGUGGUCCUGGGCAAACUGAUCAAAUUACUGAGUUACAAACUGUUCCCUAUGGUACUUACUCAUAUGGUGAGAAGCACAAACUUGUUUCAAAACAUGUCCAAAGGCCAAUAAAUAAAUCGAAUUCUUCUGACUCUAGUGUCAGCUCAAACAAUAUUCUUUUGUAUUCUCAGGCUGACGAUAAAGUUAUAAUAAGUAAAUCAGAAACUUCGGGUCUUACAGAUGUUGGCUCUGAGGAAAUCCGGGAUACAGAAAGUAGUUCUAGAACUCUUAAAGAAAUUCAGACGCUUUUAAUGGAGGCAGAGAAUAUAGCACUAAAACGAUGCAAUUUUCCUGCUCCCCUUGUCCCUUUCAGAGAUGUUGGUGAUAUUUCAUUUAUACAAUCUAAGAAGGUGGUUUGCUUCAAAGAACCCUCCACAACUGAUGUAUCUAGUUGUGAUUUGGUUCAGAGACAGCUAUUCACAGAGGAAAGCCCAAACAACAGGUGUAUGCAGAAGGAUAUUGGCACACAGACAAGUUUGAAAAGCCAGAGAGGCAUUGAAAAUUGGGAGUUUAUUAGUUCAACUACAGUUAGAAGUCCUCUACAGGAAGCAGAACGCAAAGCCAGUGUGGCAUUAGAAGAAACCUUUAGGCAAUAUGAAGCAGCCAAAUGUGUAAUGAGGACUGAACCUGAAGGGUGUAGUGGAACUAUUGGGAAUAAAAUUAUCAUCCCUAUGAUGACUAUCAUAAGUGAUUCAAGUAGUGAUGUAAGUGAUGGAAAUGGUUCCUGCUCAUGGGACAGUAAUUUACCUGAGUCUUUGGAAUCAGUUUCCGAUGUUCUUCUAAAUUUUUUUCCUUAUGUUUCACCCAAGACAAGCAUAACAGAUAGCAGAGAGGAAGAGGGUAUGUCAGAGAGUGAGGAUGGUGCUGGUAGCAGUGUAGAUUCGCUGGCUGCACAUGUGAAAAACCUUCUAAAAUGUGAAUCCUCAUUGAAUCAUGCUAAACAAAUACUCAGAAAUGCAGAGGAAGAAGAAUGUCGGGUACGAGCGCGAGCCUGGAAUUUGAAGUUUAAUUUAGCACAGGAUUAUGGAUACUCCAUUUCAGAAUUAAAUGAAGAUGACAGGAGGAAAGUAGAAGAGAUCAAGGCAGAGUUGUUUGGUCAUGGGAGAACAACUGACUUGUCCAAGGGUUUACAGAGUCCACGGGGAAUAGAAAGCAACCCGGAAGCUGUAUGUAGUCACAUUAUUAUUGAGAGCCAUGAAAAAGGAUGUUUCAGGACUUUAACUGCUGAACAACCACAAUUGGAUGGCCGCACUUGUGUUUUCAGAUCUGCUGAGCCCUCAGAGAUGAUUAGAGGACGGCGGAGCCCAUCAUCAUGGAAAGAUAGGCACAUCAACCUUUCCACAUCCCUAGACCGGAACAAUCCCCAUUUCAAAGUGUGGAAUUCCUUGCAGUUACAAAGUCAUUCCCCACUGCAAGACUUUUUAUCUGAUGACUUCAAAAUUAGCAAGGGUCUUCAAAUGCCUUUCCAUGAAAAGAUGAAUCCUUGGUUGCCAGAGUUAGUAGAACCUGCUUUUGUGCCACCUAAAGAAGUGGAUUUUCAUUCUUCAUCACAAAUGCCACCCCUAGAACCCACGAAACAGUUUACUACCUCCAUCACUUUUUCAUCUCACCGACAUUCUAAAUGCAUUUCAGAUUCCUCUAUGUUAAAGGUUGGUGUUACGGAAGGUAGCCAGUGUACUGGAGCAUCUGUGGGAGUAUUUAAGUCUCAUUUUACUGAAGAGCAAAAUCCUCCUAGAGAUCUAAGUCAGAAAGCCUCUUCCCCUUCAUCAUUUAAAAUGCAUAGUCAUUCACCAGAUAAAUAUGUGACUAUUUUAGCAGAAGGUAAUAGGAAAAGCCAAAAAUUAUCUGUUGAUUUUGAGCAUUCUCAUCAAGAAGAAAAACUCUUAGAAAGAUCAGAUUUUAAAGGCAGUCAUUCUGAACCCAGUACCAGUGCAAAUUGUAGCAAUUUUAAGGAAAUUCAAUUUUCUAAUAACCAUACCCUCAUUAGCAUGAGCAGACCAAGUUCCACCCUAGGAGUAAAAGAGAAGAAUGUAACUAUAAAUCCAGAUCUUUCUUCUUGCAUUUUUCUUGAACAGCAGGAACUCUUUGAACAAAGCAAAGCCUCAUAUGCAGAUCACCAUGUGAGAAAACACCAUUCUUCCCCUCCUCAACAUCAGGAUUAUAUAGCUCCGAUCUUUUCUUCUUGUGUUUUUCUUGAACAACGAGAACUUUAUGAACAAAGUACAGCCCCACAUGUAGAUGAUCACAUGAGAGAAAAAUACUCUCCCCUCCCUCAAGGUCAGGAUUAUGUAGCUUCAGACCUUCCUUCUCACAUUUUUCUUGAACAACAUCAAGACAAAGCCCCAGGUAUAGAUGACCACAUGAGAAAACACAAUUUACCCCUUCCUCAAAGUCAGGAUUGUAUAGUAGAAAAGAAUAAGCCUAAAUCACAUAUUUCUAGUAUGGUAAACGUUGAAACUAAGUUCAAUAAUGUUUCCCAGUCGGCCCCGAAUCACGGUACAUUAACAACAUCUGCAUCUACUCCACCUUCAAGUAGAAAAGCACUUUCUUGUGUUCGUAUAACUCUUUGUCCCAAGACACCUUCCAAGUUGGAUAGUGGAACCUUAGGUAAAAGAUUUCAUUCAUUGGAUGCUGCUUCUAAAACGAGGAUGGAUAGUGAGUUUAACUUUGACCUACAAACGGUAUCUUCAAGAUCACUGGAACCAACCUCCAGAUUAUUGACCAGUAAACCUAUAGAACAGGAUCAAGAAUCUUUAGGUUUUCUAGGACCUAAAUCUCCACUGGACUUCCAUGUCGUACAGUCUUCUCUUCCAGAUAGUAAUAAUGUUACUCAGGACUUGAAAAUCAUACCUUCUCAGAAUAGACAGAUAGUAACCUCAAAGCAAAUACAAGUGAACAUUUCAGAUUUGGAAGGAUUUUCCAAUCCAGAGGGGACUCCGAUAUCUGCAGAUCGAUCAUCAGAGAAAUCAAAGAAGAUUAAGACCUCAUUUUCUGCCUUCCCUGGAAAAUUGUCAUCUGAUGCAGUCACUCAGAUAACAACAGAAAGUCCAGAGAAGACCAUGUUUUCGUCUGAGAUUUUUAUUAAUGCUGAAGACAGUGGACGUGAAAUUCCAGAGCCCAGGUCCCAGAAGCGAAACAAAGCUUCUGUCAAGUUUGCCCCACUGUCUUUGGUUCAACAGACUACUUUUUCUCGUGGCACAGAUGGUCAGCCUUCAUUAUUGCCAUAUAAGCCUUCUGGUAGUACAAAGAUGUACUAUGUUCCACAAUUAGGACAGAUUCCUGCAUCUCUGGAUUCCAAAUCAGACACCACUGUGGAAAGCUCACAUUCAGGAUCCAACGAUGCCAUUGCUCCAGACUUCCCGGCUCAGGUGCUAGGCACGAGAGAUGAUGACCUCUCAAGCACUGUUAACAUUAAACAUAAAGAAGGGAUCUAUAGUAAAAGGGUAGUGCCUAAGGCAUCAUUGCCAAUGGAGAAAAAACCCUUGCAGAAAGAUAAUGCAGAUGCCCAAGUUCAAGUGUCCAUCACUGGUGAUGAGAACCUCUCAGAUAAAAAACAGAAAGAAGAAAUCUAUAGUACAAGAGCAGUGACUAAAGCUGCCCAGCUUGAAGAAAAAGAAUCCUUGCAGAAGGACACUGCAGAAUCUAGUCACAUUCCUGCUGCAGAGCCCUCAACUCAAGUACAAGACACAAAAAUUGAAAACCUGCCAGACACCAAAGGCACUAAACAGAAAGAAGAGACCCGUAGUAAGAUGAUGGUUCCUGUGGAAGCCUGGACAGAGAAUAAGGAGUCUGUACAGAUAGAUUUUGAAGAGUCCGAAUGUCAUUCAGAAUUUGAAAAUACUACCCAUUCUAUCUUCAAGUCAGCUAAGUUUUACAUUCAUCAUCCAGUGCACCUACCCAGUGAUCAAGAUAUUUGUCAUGAAUCUUUGGGAAAGAGUGUUUUCAUGGGGCAGUCUUUGAAAGAUUUCUUUCAGCAGUCUCCAGACAAACAUAAAGAACACCCCUAUUUUCUUCCCCCUUAUCAAACUGUGGACAAGACUAAGACAGAUUAUACCAGAAUAAAGAGCCUAAGCAUCAAUGUGAACUUGGGAAACAAAGAAGUCAUACAUACUACUACAAGUCAGGCUAAAGAUCAUCCACAAUAUAGCAGACAAAUUAGUGAUUCAAAAAGAGAUCCUAAGGUCACCCCACAGCUGACAACUCUGCCUGGUAAGAGUUUAAAUGAACUCUGGAACAAGUAUCUGGAGCGACAGAAGCAACAGAAACCACCUGAGUUGAGUGACAAGAAAGAGUUAUCCUUGGUGGAGCGACUUGAUCGGUUGGCUAGACUUCUUCAGAAUCCCAUCACACAUUCUCUCCAGGCCUCAGAAAGUACACAUGAUGAUAGCAGAGGGGAACGAGGUGUUAAGGAGUGGAGUGGUAAACAACAGCAGAGAAACAAGCUUCAGAAAAAGAAGCGGUAUAAAAGCCUAGAGAAAAGUCAUAAAAUCACAGGAGAUCUUAAAAAAAGUAAGGUGCUUUCUACUCAUCAAGCUGGAAAAUCCAACCAGAUUAAAAUUGAACAGGUUAAAUUUGAUAAGUACAUUCUGAGAAAACAGCCAGGUUUCAAUUAUAUAAGCAACACUUCAUCAGAUUCUAGAGCUUCCGAAGAGAGUGAGGUACUCACAGAUACUCCUACCAAUGUUCUUUCCAGCACCACUUCUGCGGAAUCAGACAUAUUAACCCAAACAGAUAGAGAGAUAGCUUUGCAUGAAAGGAGUAGCUCUAUUUCAACCAUUGACACUGCCCGACUGAUCCAUGCUUUUGGCCAAGAAAGAGUAUGUUUGUCACCCAGGCAAGUUAAAUUAUAUAGCAGUGUCACCAAUCAACAGAGAAGAUUCCUUGAGAAGCGGUGCAAGCACAGCAGGAAAGCAUUGAAUACAGGUCAUCCCCUAAUGACUUCUGAGCACUCCAGAAGGAAACGCAUCCAGGUGCCAAACCAUAUGAUUUCUUCUGACUCUGUUUCGUCUUCCCCCAGUACCUUCUUGAGCUCGAACUCUACUCUUUGCAAUAAGCAAAAUGUACAUAUGUUAAACAAGGGUGUACAAGCAGGUAACUUGGAGAUUGUGAAUGGUGCCACAAACCACACUCGAGAUGUUGGGAUGACUUUCCCAACUCCAAGUUCUAGCGAGGCUAGAUUAGAAGAGGACAGUGAUAUGACUUCUUGGCUAGAAGAAAAAAAUGAAGAGAAAGUUCUCUUUACCAGUUAUUCUGAGGACGAAAACUUAAAGAAGAACAAGCAGACUUUCUGUGAAGGGGUUUCAUGGUUUGUUCCUGUGGAAAAUGUGAAGUCUGAAUCUAAGAAGGAAAAUCUGCCCAAGAUUUAUGGCCCUGGUAUCUCCUGGUUUGAACCAGUAACCAAAACCAAACCCUGGAGGGAGCCACUGCGGGAACAGAACUGGCAGGGACAACGCAUGGAUGGUGGGGGCUCACUGGCAGACCCAGGCAGAGGAGAUGGCAGAGAUGCACUGAAGUCACUUGUGAGAGCAACCCUGCAGGAAUCACUUCAGCUUCACAGACCUGACUUCAUCUCACGCUCUGGAGAGCGGAUAAAGCGCCUGAAGUUAAUAGUCCAGGAGAGGAAGCUGCAGAACGUAUUCCAGAGUGAGCGGGAGGCGCUGUUCAAUACUGAAUGGCAGGGCCGCCGGAAUCCCACCCAUCUGCUACCCAAGAGAAUCUUCCUGGCUACCCAGAAGUACAGGCCUAUAGGAAAGAAGGAAAUGAUUCAGAGAUCUAAACGGAUUUAUGAGCAGCUUCCAGAAGUACAGAAAAAGAGAGAAGAAGAGAAGAGGAGAUCAGAAUAUAAGUCAUACCGACUACGAGCCCAGCUGUAUAAAAAGAAAGUGACCAAUCAACUCUUGGGAAGAAAAGUUCCCUGGGACUGACAUAAGAUUAUUUUCCUCAGAGCCUUGGAAUUAUAUUUUGUAAACCUGGAGAAGUACAAUUCUUAAUUUUAUGAGUCUGGUUUAAUAAAGCUUACUCUUUG